AUGUUCAUUAUUUUCCGACAGAAUCAAUCACAGCACAGGAAUUGCCGUUGGGCAGAUUAUAGUAAGUAUUAAGGAAAAUUAAGACAUUUCCGGUAAGACGAGUCUUGGUGUCUGUGUAUAUUAGAUGGCAAACCAAGCCUUUAAAUUGUAAAACUUAUGAGUUGAAAAUAUUUACUCUACUCAACUGACUCAACCCUAUGACAAUAUGUCGCUGUGACAAGGCCUAAUGGCCUAGCGUCCAUCGCAUACUUGAAACGACGAGUUUGUCGGUGAACGUAGGAUGAAAUAAACUAUAUUAAUGGGGAGUUGGAGAGUUAUAGCCAAACUUCUAUUGAAGAUGAAGCAGAUGUAAAACUAAUAUAGUCAGGAGUAUAGUUUUAGAUCAAUUUUAGUAUACUUGGUGCGAAUUUUAUUUUUAUUUUUUGUUUUUUGGUGUGGUAAAGAAUGAUGAUAAAUUUCAAAUGAGAAGGAAAUCACAAUAUAUACUUUCUUUGAUCAAUGAUGAAUCAAAAUUGAUGUAGAACUCGACAUUAGAAUUGGCCUUAAUAGAAUAGAAAAUUAUUUAAAAUUUGUACCAAUACCUUUUUAUUUUACCCUACCAAGAGCCCUGUGUAAUAUUUUGCAUAAAAGGAAUGGUAGCUAAGAAUAAGUCUAAUCAGUGAUCAUCAUCAUCAUUGUCAUUAUCAUUGACAAUGAUCAUUAUCAUGCUAACUUAUGAAAGUGACAAGUAUAACGUAACUUUAAAUGAUGCAAUAUCGUUAGUUUUUGCUUUUGUAUUGUUAUCAUUAUCAGUAUUAUUAGUUUUAUCUAUGUCAGAGCAACCUAUUCCCGAAGCUGCAUUUGAAAUACAAGGUACCGAUGUAUGUAAAAGAAGUUGGGUUGAUUAUUUGGAUGGAUUCAGCCAAGGUAAGAAAAAAACCAUGGUACCCUUUUUCAGUUGUACAUGUUAAUGACUUUAAGUUUUUUUUUCUUCUUUACAAACCUCUUCAAGGCCCUUCCUACAUUCCGUUCUACGUAUAUGGGUCAUGUAGCAGCUGCUCGGAAGAGAAGUCACCAAUGGUGUGUUUUCCUAACCCUAAACAAUACUUGGGUCACGUACAUUGCCUAAUUCCAAGGACUAAACAUUUUUGCCACGCAGUCUAUAUUUAUCGGAUGGUCACGUGAUGACUUUUGUAGGUCUUGAUCACGUCGCUGAACUGAACUGACUGCAAGGGCCUAGGGAGAGCCGUACAGGAGCGAGGCAACGUAUCAUAGAUAGUAGGAGAUAGUAUAUUUUGCACCAUAAUACGAGAAGAUGUCAGAAUAUCGAAAGGACUUAUGAAAUAAUUUUGUACGUUUUCUUGUAACAGCUUUAGGACGAGAAAGACACUCAGCUGAUGUUUGUGGAAACAAACCUGUUUUGCUGGAUAAAUGCUUACUUCAAGACAGAGGAAGAAUCCAUCUGACAUCGGUGAAGUACAUGGAAUGCAACUGCUCGUGUAUGGAUUGUAGUGACGAAGGAACAGUGCGUUGUCGCUUGUCGAAAGUAUAUAAA